CUGAGUAACCGUCCUUUCUCGCAAGAAGUGAACCAAGAUGGAGGGCGACGGCGUGGAGAGAAUUACUGCAUUUCUCAAGCAGCCACAGACAAUUCUUAGGCUUAUUUCUAUUUUGUUUUCCAUUGUUGUGUUUGGUUGUAUUUCUGCGGGUGGUUAUGAUAAUAAUGGCGUUUGCCUUUUUAAUGAAGAAGCUGGUGCAUGCCACUAUGGUGUCGGAAUUGGUAUCAUUGCAUUCCUGGGCUGCAUUGCAUUCCUUGCCUUAGAUGUACAGUUUGAAGCCAUUGAAAACCCUGAUACAAAGAAGUACAUUGUUUUGGGUGACCUAGUUUUCUCUGCACUUUGGUGCUUCCUGUGGUUUAUUGGAUUUUGUUAUCUUGCGGACAUGUGGAGGAAGGCAGUCACAGAUCCUUUACGUACUUCUCAGAUUAACAAUUGUCAGGCUGCUAUAACAUUCUCAUUUUUCUCUAUCAUCACAUGGGCUGGUCUAAGUGUUACAGCAUUCAGGAAGUAUCGUCAGCUCUUGACAGAGUUUGAAUACUCCAGGGAUAAUCUUUCUGGAGAUUCCUAUUCAUCACCAUAUGCAUCAUUUCCAACUGCUCAAGACCAAGGAGAUCCUUAUCAGGCAAAACCAUUCUCUGAACCACCAGCUGAUAGUUUUAAUGGUGAAGAUGCUGCCAACAAGUUUUCUCCCCCACCAUACUGAGUGCAGUAGACUCUUCUUGAUAUACCAUGUUGUAUGAUAGAGAUUUUCACUAAAUAACAUUUUAAUUAACCCCUUAACUCCCAUGAGUAACCAAGAAGGAAUUUCUCCUUACAAUAUCAAUACAAUAUCUAGAAGACAAGUUGUAAGAAUGAAGGAAAAAACUGUUAGGGGAAUAUAAGUUUUCCAAAAAUGAACUCUCUCAACUAACAUCAUAAGAAUUGUAUGGGAGACAGUAAGGAGAAUUUCUACUGAGAUCUUCGGAGUAAGGGGGUUUUAACCCUUUAACUCCCAGAGGUGAUUAACGUGGUACUUCUCCCUAUAAUAUCUAUUCAUUUUCUAGCAAACAGGUAAUGAGGAUACACACUUAUCAGGAAGAGGUUCUCUUGAUCUAGCACCAAAUUCUUAAAAAGGAGUUUGUAACAGUUAGAGGGGAGAAUUAACAAUCAGAUCUUGGGAGUUAAAGGGUUAAGAGCUGUGAAAUCUGUUUAAAAAAUGUGUUUCCAACCCUGAUUAUGCACUUCAUUUUUAAAGCAACCUUGUUUACAGGUGGGAAAUUUUUAAGUUUGACUUAUUACUGAUUAAUUGCUUGCCUGUGGUGGUACUGUAAUUGGUUAUUCAUUCUAUUUCUUUAUGUUCAAUCAGACUAAGACACCUGAGCUAUUUAGUUUUGAUUUCCAUUUUUGGUUGAGAACAGGAGAACAGUUGAUCCUUUCUGACAACAAGAUAUAAAUUUUAGCUUCUAAAAAACAAGACAAAGUGUUUUUUGUCAAAUAUGCAAUUCAGAGUGAGCUGCUAUUUAGUUGAUCAAUUAUGUGACUACAUGUACUGUUACAAAUACACUGUAGUUUUUUUUACAUUUGUUAACUGCUAAAAAAUGAUAUAAUAACCAUGACCUAUUGGCUGUUGCCUAAUCAGUGUAAGUCAGAGUUUAAAAAUGUAAAUUUAUGUUAUCUUUAAGUCUUCUUAUUUUGUGCAUGCAGAUCUUGUUAGUGAUCUUACCAAGACAAAAUGAUUUAAUUCCCUAGUCUUUGUCAUUUUAGGAUAAGUUAUAAUUAAAUAAAAAGGAAAGUGAGGUGAUAGUUUUGAAGAAUUGAAACAUUCAGCAGAAUGGUAGGGUUUAAAAGAGUUAAAAUGUUGUGCUUGUAUGUAAAUUUUGCCCAUUGUUAAUCACUUUGCAACUUGUGGAUGUAUUAAGGAGCCAACUUGACUGUUGUAAGAGUAACAAGCUUGCAAAACUUCCUUCAAGGCCAUUUAACAAGCAUAAAAUUAGAUCUUCCUUAUAACUGGUUCUAGUGAGCCUUACUGCUUGUUGUCAAACAAGAUUAAAAAUUUGUGCAUUUAAA